AUGGAAGGUGAGAGUGUUUUCUCAUCAAUUGCUCCACCUGUUUUUGAUGGCGAAAACUAUCAGGUUUGGGCAGUCAGGAUGGAAGCCUACACGGAUGCAUGUGAUCUCUGGGAGGCAGUAGAGGAGGAUUAUGAAGUUCCUCCUUUACCAGGUAAUCCUACCAUGGCUCAGAUCAAAACUCACAAGGAGAAGAAGACCAGGAAGUCGAAGGCGAAGGCAUAUCUCUAUGCUGCAGUAUCUCCUACUAUUUUUUUCAGAAUCACGACUCUUAGAUCGGCUAAGGAAAUAUGGGAUUUUCUGAAAAAAGAAUAUCACGGGGAUGAAAGAAUUCGAGGCAUGAUGGUCUUAAAACUGGUGAGGGAAUUUGAAAUGCAAAAAAUGAAGGAAUCUGAGACAAUUAAAGAGUAUUCAGAUAGACUUAUCAAUCUGGCUAAUAAGGUAAAGUUACUUGGUGCCGAACUUUCUGAUAUAUGGAUUGUGCAGAAAAUCCUUGUUACUUUACCUGAAAAGUUUGAAGCAGCAAUUGCUUCACUGGAAAAUACAAAAGAUCUGUAA